AAUAUUAAUUUUUUAAAUGUGCACAAGAAAAAACUAAUAAAACGAAAAUUGUUGGUAGCUAUUUUUAAUUAAAUGAUACUGUUAAUUGAUCAGCGCGCAAAAUCUAACUUUACAUUUUUAUUAAAAUCAUUCGUGACUGUUUGUUUACCGGUUCCACCAGAAUUUGUUACCAUGGUUUUGUCAAUGUAUAAGUAGCCUGGGACAACCUGCAGCAAAUGUAAUGAUGUUGCCACCUGUGUGUUAAUUCUGAAACUAAAUUUUUUGAAUUGUUCAUCGAUAAAAGAAAUUUCAUUCAUUUGAAAAAGAAUUAUAUUUUCUUGUGAUGUAUUUAUUAAAUAUUUGAAAAUAUGCCAAAAUUAUACGUCUCUGGUUUGAUUACAAGUGAAUUCAUAAAACCAGUUGAAAGCACAGUUUACGAUGUUUCAUUGGAAGCUAUUCAUUUGUUUCCGUUCAACAUAGAUGAUUCCAAGAAAAUCGAAAUUGGCUGGGAUUAUUUUAUAUUAUGGAAUCAAAGCGAAUUGAUAUUGCGUGGUAAAAAAAUUACCAACGAAAAAUGUGGUAAUAAAUUACAAUUACCUGCUUCGGUUAUUUCCAGACUUGAACAAGUUAUCGCUGGCUCUGAAAACAUUUUUAUUUUGACUAAUGAUAGUAAAAUAUGGAUUUAUAACAUUUACACCGAUAAUUGGCGAAGAGUUCCCAAUUUCAUAACAAAUUUACACAAUAAUGAUGUAGAAAAAAUAAAUAAAAUAAAUCAUAGUCGCUGCACUAUCGCUAUGACCGAUUUGGGUCAAAUCUAUAAUAUCCCUUUGUUAAUAAAUAAUUCCAGUUCAGUAAAAUUUGUUGAUAUUGCAUGUGGUUUUGAUCACACCCUGUUACUAGCGGAAAAUGGAUAUGUUUAUUCAAUGGGAAUGGGCACUCGCGGUCAACUAGGACAUGGUGAUUUGGAGGACUGUGACGAGCCCAAAUUAAUUGAAGCAUUAGCUGGUCUGAAAGUAACACAAAUUUCAGCGAAAGGAUGGCACAACGCAGUCAUCACUGACCAGGGCGAUUUGUAUACUUGGGGGUGGAAUAAUCAUAAUCAAUUAGGUCUCAACAGCAUCGAAAACGUACUUGCUUUACCAACAUUAGUUAAUUUCAUCAGUAGCACAAUGGAGGAACUUGAAAUAAACGUCAUUAAAGUUCAAUGUGGAAAUCAAUUUACAAUUUGUAGAACAGAUACGGGGGAAUUUUGGGGAUGCGGCAACAAUAAAUACAAUCAACUUGGCGUCUCUUCACAUAGUUUAUCAACUGCAUCUAAAUUUGAAAUGUUAACGUAUGACAAUAUAAUUGAGCCAAUUCAAGAUUUCAAAUGUUAUGAGUGGAGUAGCUGUAUUUUUACAAAUUAAAUAUUAUCGUACCGCAUGGAAUAAUUUUAGAAUUUGUUAAUAAAAAUAAAAAUUGCA